AUGUGUGUUAACUCUGUUGAAGGGGAAGCAAUGGCUGCCAAGGAUUUUGCUGAAUUCCAGUGGAAGAAGUUCUUGAGGUCUCUGUUAGAGGCAGAGUCUGAAUUAUCAGGUUCCACAAAUUUCAUUUCUUACUUCAAAACAAUCAAACAGAAGUUAAUAGAAACACAGACGAUUCCUUUUUCCGAGAUAGCUGCAGCUGCAGGGAUGGCAUUGAAUAUGGUGUCAUGGGAAUGGGAUACUUACAUUCUGGUUUACCGUUAUCUCUUGGAGCUCAACUACGCAUUGGCAGAGUGCCGAAUCUUUGCAAAGGAGUUCAAGGAGCUUAACAAGAAGAUCUUGCCCUUGAAUCCUUCCACGGUUUACUUUAUCCUAAUGAUGAAGAAGCGGCUGACGGCACUGAGUAGUAAGUUUGACAUUUUGGUACGUAACAGCCCAUCAACGUCUAUUUCUGUCCUGAGGGAGCAGAAAGAGAGGAACGCAGUCGAAUGUGUGGGAUUUACAGAGAAGGAUAUAGUGGUGAUAAAGAAGAACACAGAAGAAACUGUGGUGUUUUCUGAUGUACGAUUUGGUAGACAGUAUAGUGGUUCACUGACGCUUAGGGACUUCCACUUGCUCAGUGACGGUGCAACCGGAAAUGGAUUCACGUCCAUUGGGAUAGUCGGCAUGGCUGGUGUGGGUAAGUCCACUUUCUUAUUAAAAGAAAUUUUGGAGUGGAAUGACAUACGCUCUGAGUUUUCUCCUAUCAUUCAGUUAUGUUUGUCUGAUAUAAUGCAAGAAAACAAUGUAGUAGACAGUACUAGUGCCAAUGGGGUCAGCAUGAGCAUUGUGAAACUCAUUCUUCAAAAGUUGGGGGAGGAGGAAACUGGUAUUUCUGGCCUUGGACUCACUUCGCUCUUGGAAAGGCUCUACAGUCUUUUAUCAGGUAAAAAGUAUUUGAUUGCGUUGGAUGAUGUGUUUCAUGCUAUGGAAUUCUAUUCGGAUUUGGGUAAUGAGCGUGAGAAAUUCGGGGAUCGGUUAUCGCAUGGAUUGCCUAAGGAUAGUGGUGGUGUAGUCAUUGUCAUUAGUAGUAAACCAGAAGUAGCUCUCGAUAUGGUGGGGCUUCGCCAAAAUUCUGUGCAUAAGCGGCUGACCACACUCAAAAGGAAGUCUGAAGUACAGUCGACAACUUCAGUGGAACGGCAAGACCAUCAAACACCUAUAGAUAACAGCCCCACAUCGAUUUCUACGCCGAAAGAGAAGACGAAUGUGGUAGAAGAAUGUUUGCCAUUAACAGAGAAGGCAAAGAAAAUUUCACUAGAAAAUGUUCUACUAAUUCCCAAUGUAGGGAGGUCCAGGAACCAAAGGGAUUUUAGGGACUCUAGCUUGCUUGUUGGUGAUCCAGCCGGAAUUGGAUUUACGGCCAUUGGGAUAGUUGGCAUGUCAGGUGUUGGUAAGUCCACUUUCGUGCACAAGGUCCUGAAAACUGUGUGGUUCGAAUUUGAUCCUAUAGUUUGGUUAUGCUUGUCGGAUAUAAUCAAAGCUAAAAACCAAGUACAGGAUGCUACUGCUGCCACUGAUCAGGAGAUCAGCAUCAGCAUUGUGACAUGUAUCCUUGAAAUGUUGGGGGUCUCCAUAGACAAGGACCUUACCCUUGCCGAGCUCUUGGAAAGGCUCUACCAUGUUUUGUUAGGUAAAAGGUAUUUGAUUGUGCUUGAUGAUGUUUGGGACAUUAUGGAGUUCUACUCGGAUUUAUGUUUUAAACUCCCGGAAGGUGAAAAAAUUCGGGAUCACUUAUCACACGGAUUGCCUAAGGACUCUGGUGGUACGGUCAUUGUCACUACUAGGAUGACGGAAGUAGCGCGAGAUAUGGUGGGCUUUGGCCAAAAUAAGUUGUUCCUUGUUCCGCCAUUGGAGGGAGAAGAGUGCUUGUCCAACUUUAACAGCUUUUUACACCAUGAAAAAUACAGGUGCGGUGAAGGAACACGCUUUGGUAAGUCCAACAUGGAAACUGUGAAAAAGGUUCAUGAUGAGAUUCUGCAUCAAGUUUGUGGCCUACCAUCAAUUGCCAAGACUCUGGCAGACUUGAUCAUUGCAAAUCAGAUUGGUCAAAAUGAUUAUAAUAGGUCUGCCUUGAAGAAGAUGUUGAUACCUCAUGAAAUUCUUAUUCAAUGUUCAUGGGUGACUGUUGCGACAAAAGACAAGAAAGCGAAAUGGAUUCAGGAUAAAACCGAAGUACCAAAAUGUCCAAUAUUUGUGUUUAUUGAUUUAAGAAGUGACCAAGUAGGAGAUCUUGCUGAAGACCUUCGCUACCAGCUUAAUCGUGAGCAGGUCAUUGCUGUUCUGCACGAGAGUUUCUAUAAUAAGUAUAAAUUAUCGACAGUGAACCCAGAUAGGGCGCUGACUGAGGUUUAUGGUGCUCUAGCAACGCUUAAGGGUGUAGGACAUAACUUUGCUGAUGAAAUUCAAAAGAAGAUGACAAUUAUAAUUGUCGGUGAGGAUGUUUUUAUUAACUGGUUUCUGGGAGUUUUCUGUGAUCUAAAUUUGCCAGACUCACCCUCCAUUGUUCCCAUAGCACUCGGAAUCAAGAGUAACAUCCCAUUCUCCUUUGGAUGGGAGUUUGAUGCUAUGAAACCAGUGAACAAGAUCUUGGAGACGGUUCUAAAUCAUACAAAACAGAUAAAAGCAGACAGCUGGCAUAUCCUAAUCAACUUGAAAGCCAUUCCUACAGAUCAUCAAGAAUUACCAUAUUGUCUGCAUUUAUGUACUCCUGUUGAUGAACCUGCAGAUAGGGAAAAUGUGGAUAAUCGACCAUUAAUCCGUGGAGAAUUUUGGAACUACUUCAGCAUUGGUGUUGACGAUCCAAGACUCUAUGGAGCUUCUCGCUUUCGCCAUACUUCAAGGACCUUGAACAGGUUACUUGCAAAAGUACAGGUUUUGAAACAUCAUGGUGAUCAGUGGGAAAUGCUUAGCAUUCCUAGUAGCAUUAGGUCAAUUGUUUGUCUCAACUUGCCUAGCUUUGUUGGUGGACUAACUCCUUGGACAACGGCAAAUUUGAAGAAAGAUCACAGAAAAGGCUUGACCUCAUCUUUCACAGAUGAUGGACGUCUUGAAAUUAUUGGUUCCCGAGAUGAUUUACUUUCUCCGAAGAAAAGGUGGAUUCGCCUUGAUCAGGUACGAGAAAUUCGCUUCAAGUUUAUUGAGGAGUCAGCUGAGGUUGUAAACAUGAUGAUCGAUGGAGUACCGUUGAAAAAAUCCCCACUUGACGGUUUAGAUGAGAUUGAAAUCUCUUACUGCCGUCAAGUGAGCGUUCUUGUUGAACAAGGUUACUCAGCAAAAAGUAUCCACGACUCAUAGCAGCUGCUAGCAACUCUGUGAGAUUAGAGAGUACUUGCUCACCAACCCUGUCACUAAUGGAUUAUGAAUGAGAAGCUUGGCAUUGAUGAUAAUGAGGCUAAAGAGCUAGCACUCUCAAGGCCAUAUGAAUGGUGACAUAAAUUGAUGCAGUUCGCUUUGAAGAACAUGAGAAGUUUGGUGAAGCUAGCUUCCGAAAUUUCCCCCCAUCACGCUGACAAUUCGAAAGAGUAAGCUUGCCCACCAAAGACAAGGUAUUGAAGGCCAAAUGGAAGACAAGUUAUAUAUUUACACCCCAAAAAACGUACAUGCAUGACUCUGCAGAAAAUGAGCAAGGAUCGUUAGAUGUUGUUUGUUGGUUCUUCUGAUGAGUAAAUAGGUUGUACAUUUCAUUGGCUGUCCCGGCCCCAAAAAAGCUAGAAGUAACGUUUAUAAUUAAGCAAGAAUUUGAGUCUGUCUUCAAUAUGAUCACCUGAAUUGUUAUUCUCA